AUGACGUUGCGUCGACUGCUCAAGCGUCCAAAGAUCACCAAUGCCCAGAUGCUCUUGAUGCGCCGCCGGGAGCCGUACAAACCGACCAUGAAGGAUCGCCAAGAAAUUGGAAAUCGUGAGAAACUUGAGCAUUUUGAAAGGAAGAACGCGGAAGGGCUCAUGUUUGUUCCAGAAACGGCCCUGCCACCGUGGCAGAGGUCUCUUGCCAUGAAUGCCCGUGUGAAGGCGUCGAGUAUGAAUUUUAGAGGGUUCCGCGUGCGUGUGGUGGACAAGCAGGAUGAGCCGGGCUUCCCAACCCCAUUUCGUUGA